AUGCAUCGCGGGGCAGAUGUGCGCUCACGCGGGGUGGACCUGCUGGUCUCAGAGGCGGGAACGCUGAUGACUCGAUGGCACGGUGCUCCUUCUGCGUCAUCUACAACAGAUGGAACCAAAGGUCUUCAGGCCUCCACGGAAAGGUCACAGGGCACGGUCGGCGGCCUUGAGCUCCCUGCCAUCCGGCUGGCCCGGACACCACCCCUGUCCAGCUCCUCUCUGGUCUGGGAGGACCCAGCUCGUCUCCCUUCAAGGCAGACGUCCCGUUCUCGGCUGACCCUGAGGCUCUCUGAAGACUCUCGGGGCAAGAGCCGGGGUGAUGGCGCGGACUGCUUCCUGCGGGCCCUCUUUUACCUGCUCAGCCCGUGCGGGCUCACUUGA